UGGGUUGCUGCAAAGCGGGGCGGGGAGAGGCGGGGGCGCUGCAUGCAGCGCGCUGGCUCCAGCGGCGCCCGCGGGGAAUGUGACAUCAGCGGCGCCGGGCGCUUGCGGCUGCAGGAGGCAGCUCGCCUCGGCUGCGCUGUGCACACCUCGCCCGGGGGAGGACGCAGACCCGGGCAGGCGGCCGGGAUGUCGGCGAAGGAGAGGCCAAAGGGCAAAGUGAUCAAGGACAGCGUCACCCUCCUGCCCUGCUUUUAUUUCGUCGAGUUGCCUAUAUUGGCCUCAUCGGUGGUUAGCCUGUACUUCCUGGAACUCACAGAUGUCUUCAAACCUGUGCACUCUGGAUUUAGCUGCUAUGACCGGAGUCUUAGCAUGCCGUACAUUGAACCCACCCAGGAGGCAAUUCCUUUCCUCAUGUUGCUUAGUUUGGCUUUUGCUGGACCUGCAAUUACGAUUAUGGUAGGAGAAGGAAUUCUCUACUGUUGUCUGUCCAAAAGAAGAAAUGGGGUUGGACUGGAGCCCAACAUUAAUGCUGGAGGCUGCAACUUCAAUUCUUUCCUUAGAAGAGCCGUCAGAUUUGUUGGUGUUCAUGUGUUUGGACUCUGCUCUACAGCUCUCAUCACAGAUAUCAUACAGCUGUCCACAGGAUAUCAGGCACCAUACUUUCUGACUGUCUGCAAGCCAAACUACACCUCUCUGAAUGUGUCUUGCAAAGAAAAUUCCUACAUUGUAGAAGAUAUUUGCUCAGGAUCUGACCUUACAGUUAUCAACAGUGGCAGAAAGUCAUUCCCUUCUCAACAUGCGACCCUCGCCGCCUUUGCAGCUGUGUACGUUUCGAUGUACUUCAAUUCCACAUUAACGGAUUCCUCUAAGCUUCUGAAACCUCUCUUGGUCUUCACAUUUAUCAUCUGUGGAAUCAUCUGUGGACUAACACGUAUAACUCAGUAUAAGAACCACCCAGUUGAUGUCUAUUGUGGCUUUUUAAUAGGAGGAGGAAUUGCUUUGUACUUGGGGUUGUAUGCUGUGGGGAAUUUUCUGCCUAGUGAUGAGAGUAUGUUUCAGCACAGAGAAGCCCUCAGGUCUCUGACAGACCUCAAUCAAGACCCCAGCCGAGUUUUAUCUGCUAAAAAUGGUAGCAGCAGUGAUGGAAUUGCUCACACAGAAGGCAUCCUCAACCGAAACCACAGAGAUGCUAGCUCACUGACAAACCUCAAAAGGGCAAAUGCUGAUGUAGAAAUUAUCACUCCACGGAGCCCCAUGGGGAAGGAGAACAUGGUUACCUUCAGUAAUACCCUGCCUAGAGCCAACACCCCUUCUGUAGAAGACCCUGUCAGAAGAAACGCCACCAUUCAUGCCUCUAUGGAUUCUGCUAGAUCGAAGCAGCUCCUCACUCAGUGGAAGAAUAAGAAUGAAAGUCGGAAGUUGUCCCUGCAAGUUAUAGAGACUGAGCCUGGACAGUCACCACCCAGAUCCAUAGAAAUGAGGUCAAGCUCAGAGCCGUCAAGGGUGGGGGUGAAUGGAGACCACCAUGGUCCUGGCAAUCAGUACCUCAAGAUCCAGCCUGGCACUGUCCCCGGGUGUAAUAACAGCAUGCCUGGGGGCCCAAGAGUGUCCAUUCAGUCCCGCCCUGGGUCCUCACAGUUAGUGCAUAUCCCUGAGGAGACCCAAGAAAACAUGAGCACCUCCCCCAAAAGCAGUUCUGCUCGGGCCAAGUGGUUGAAAGCUGCGGAGAAGACCGUGGCCUGUAAUAGAAGCAACAGCCAGCCCCGAAUCAUGCAAGUAAUAGCCAUGUCCAAGCAGCAGGGCGUCCUCCAAAGCAGCCCCAAGAACACCGAAGGCAGCACGGUCUCCUGCACUGGCUCCAUCCGCUACAAAACCUUGACAGACCACGAACCCAGUGGAAUCGUGAGGGUUGAGGCUCACCCGGAGAACAACAGACCCAUCAUACAGAUCCCGUCCACCGAAGGCGAAGGGAGUGGCUCCUGGAAAUGGAAAGCCCCUGAAAAGGGCAGCCUUCGCCAAACUUACGAGCUCAAUGAUCUCAACAGGGACUCAGAAAGCUGUGAGUCCCUGAAAGACAGUUUUGGUUCUGGAGAUCGCAAGAGGAGCAACAUCGAUAACAAUGAGCAUCACCACCACGGAAUCACCACCAUCCGCGUCACCCCAGUAGAAGGCAGUGAAAUUGGUUCAGAGACGCUGUCCGUUUCUUCUUCUCGCGAUUCCACCCUAAGGAGAAAGGGCAACAUCAUCUUAAUCCCUGAAAGAAGCAACAGCCCGGAAAACACUAGAAAUAUCUUCUACAAAGGAACCUCCCCGACACGGGCUUACAAGGAUUGAGUGAUGGCGGUUCAAUCAUUUGGGUGACCCCCAAAGACCACAUGCUGAUUCCACCUGUGCUCCGUUCCAGCAGAUUGGGAAGUCUUCUCAUCAAACUAAAUUAUCCACCAUCAGCCCGGAACUCAAUGACUCUUGAGAACUACUACACUCAAGCUUGUAGAUUUCACAUCAAGGGGAGGGAAAAGCACAACGCAAGAACCUAACUCAUGUGAUAAUGUGAAGACUCUUAAGACCUAUCUUCAAACUCAAAAGGUUUGCAGAGGGCAGUAUCAAAAGAAAGUGGUUUCCUUCAAUGUAUACUAUUUUACUUCCUGAAUGUGCCAACUUUAGGGAUUUUUCUUUAUAAUAGCUGUGGGAAUCCAGAACACACGUUUUCCCUACAGCAGAGGCCAUGCAGUAUUAUAUAUUCAUUUUGCAGAAUCUGCACCUAAAGCUCAAUACGGGUGGUGCUGAUUAUUAUAGUAUAUAUACCGUGUAAACUCUCAAAUUCUAUUUAGCUGUGAAAUAGUGGUGUGCAAUUCCUUGUCAAAGAAAUGCUACUGUAUUAAGAAGAUGCUGGCUGCUUUGUGUUAGAGUAGGACACCCCGCAGCUCCUCUGUAGUGGCUCUGUCACAGUCAAAAAAUGAAAAGGUUUUGUGCAUUUCUUAAAAAUUAUGCUUUCUUCAAGAACAAAAAGUGUGUAGGAGAAUUUUCAGUGCAAGAAAACAACUAGUAUUUUUCCGAAGUUUUUUUGCUGCUUACUUUUUAUUUAAGUAUAGAUCCUGCUAAUGAA